UCGAUUGAUCUAUUCAUCCAGACAACAUCCUUCUCCAGUUUUGACGAGUCACCUCCUUCGUCGUAGUAAAUUCUAUUUCCCCUAUGGCUUCUGGAUACGGUCUCGACGGUGGUACGUUGAAACUUGCGCCGAGAGGGAUCAUCCGAGGUUCCACCCCCCAUUGUCACGAUUAGAAGCUAACUACCGCUCUCGAUUACGGUAUAGGUGUCAGUAGGGUCUGUCCCCCACCAUGCCGUACAGUCUUGGAGCUCAUGCUGACAUCAUGUUCAAGUGCUUUCCUUUCUGGCAGGACCUGUUGUCUUGCUAUGUGGUGAACACUGGGUCUGCGACCAGCGAUGAAGGGAAAUGGAAGUGUGUUCCGCAGAGGGAUGAUUACUACGAGUGUCUCCAUCAUAAGAAGGAGAUUCGAAAAACUCAAGCGAUAAAGGCUGCCUACAACCGCCGUCUCAAACAGGAUCCGAAUUUCGAUCCCCGGAAACCAGAGGGAGAAGCGGACAUUAGGAGCUUAGGUUUACUGCAGAAGAAGUAAAACUGGCAUAGUGAGAAUUGGGAAUGAUCACUGGCUGAGGAUAUACGUCUAUGUUAAUAUACGUGCAUUAGACCUACGAUAUUCCCUAGCAUUUACAUAUCAUACCAGAGAAGUCCCAAUGCCCCAUACGCCUUUGCUCUUGGGGGUGUAUCGUUAUGGUGGAGGAGCCGAUUGCCCAAAUCGCGCGCACUUUCGCCAAUACAAAAACCCAGAAGAGUAUUUGCAAAUUUGAGUUUCGGACCCCAGGGCAUCAGAUAGACAUGUUGGCAUUACGUGAUAGUGGACUUUCUCAUCAUACAGAAAAGAAAAAACAGAAAACAUGCAAACUCCACAUACAAUGCAUUUAAACCUGCCAUCUAUGAAUGCAAUAGACAAAAUCAUACGUCACAGUUCAUAAUCAUCAUUCCAUCCCAAACUAUCAUAUAUAGAGAUUUCCUCAUCUCCGCCAGAAGCACCCACCGGCAGAGUUCGCCUAACGGGGGUUUCGUCAAUGGAGCCAAACAAUUUGACACCGCCAUCUGGCGAGGAUCCAGGAGUCUGUGCAGGUUUAGAGCCCAAUACAGAGCACGAAAGGGAGCGGGAAAGCCCGAUGUUGUUUUUCGGCGUAACCAACGCAAUGGAAUUACCAGUUCCAAGG